AUGGGUAGAUCUCAUAGCCGAAGUCGAAGUCGAAGCAAAAAACACAAGAAACAUAAAUCAUCUCGAUCAAAAGAUCGAGAUAAAAAAUUAAAACGAUCGCGUCGACAUUCAUCCAGUGCAUCAUCUCAUGAAGGACUUACAGAUGGUAUUAGAAAUAAUCGUAUUAGUGUUUCUGGCAAUGAUUUAACGGCGAGAAAAAAAGCUGAAGUAGAAAGAUUGGCUGAAUUAGAACGUCAACGUAUGCAACUAUUACGUCAAAAAGAAGCACGUGAACAAAUGAUUCAGACUGAAGUUGAAAGAAGAUGUAAAGAACUUGUAGAUAUACGUGUAAAAGAUGAACUUGAAAGAAGAAAAGAUGAAAUUGAAAGUGAAGUUAAACGACGAGUGGAUAUAAUUAAAAAACAUUUGGAAAAGCAUAUGUUAGUCGAAUUAGAAAAACGAAAAGAUGAAGAAAUGAAAAAGCUCAUUACAAAAGAGGAGGAAGAGCGAAAAAGACGAGAAGAAUUAGAAAAAAUAAUUGAAGAAAAUGAUCGAAAAUUAUCUGAAGCUCAAAAACGAUUGGCGGAAGAAGAAUUUCGUUUAACACGCGAACAACGGCGUCUUAUGGAAGAUCGAGAAAAAUUUGAACGUGAACAGAGAAAAAAUCGUGAAAGUGAGCAAAAUUUAAUAUUAGGAAGAAAAAAUACUCGACCAAAAUUAUCGUUUUCAUUAAAUAGUAGUAAAUAA